CCUUCUUAUCAUUAAUUUAACAGAACCAGAAUUAUUCGUAGAAUUAAUUAAAGUAUCGCUACAGUAUUAUUUUUAGUAGUGAGUAAGUGGUGAGAAAAGUUUCGAAUUUCAUUCCAAAAUUUUCGAACAAUGGCUUCAGAUGAUGAAAAAUCCGCCCAACUCACACUGGAAGUAUUACAGUCGAAUCAUAAAUUCACUAAUGGCAUCUACAAGAUCUUGACAGCAGAUGAAGACAAUGAUUUGAUAUUUUCGCCCAUAAGUCUGCAAAUAGCUUUGUUGAUGACAUUCGGUGGUGCUCAUGGGAAAACCGCCGAAGAAAUGAAAACCAGCUUGAAUUUGAGCAAAGAAAAAGAGGAAGUUUUACAAGGAACUCAAAUUUUACUGGGACAACUGAAAAAUCCCAAUUUGAAAAUAGCUUCGCAAAUAUUCAUCGAGCAAGAGUAUAAAAUCAAGAGUACCUACGAAGAUCUCGUGAAACAGUAUUUGGAAUCGACUUUUGAAGCUGUUGAUUUCAAGAAAUCAGCAGAUAAAGCUACGAAUGCAAUCAAUUCUUGGGUGUCUGAGAAAACCCAGAAGAAAAUCUCAGAAAUAAUUCCGCCUGGUACUUUGAACGAGUUUACUCGUUUAGUUUUAGUCAAUGCUGUGCAUUUUAAAGAUGAUUGGCUUCAUAAAUUCUCCGAACAUGGCACCUCUGAAGAGCCUUUUUACACGACCAAAGAUAGCCACGUCAAUAUUCCAAUGAUGCACAUUAGUAAAAAAUUCAGGUAUUUGGAGGAUGAGCUUUUCAAAGUUGUGGAAAUUCGGUACAAGAAUCAAGAUUUCCGGUUAUUGAUUCUUCUGCCUAACGAGAUCGAUGGGUUGCGAAAAUUAGAGGAAAAAUUACUGGAAAUUGAAUUUUGCAAAAUAUUCCAUAAUUUAGAAACUCGUACAGUGAAUCUAACAUUACCCAAAAUGAAGCUGGAAAAGUUCACCGAUAUGAAAUCUGUGUUGAUGAAGCUUGGUAUGGAAACCAUGUUCGAUGAGAGAACUGCUGAUUUUUCCGAAAUGUAUGCCAAAGGAGAAGCUCCUCUCUACGUCAGCGAUGUUUUGCAUAAAGCGGUCCUUGAAGUUAAUGAAGAAGGAAGUGAAGCUGCUGCCGCUACUGCUGUGAAGGUGUUGAUGAAGAGAAGUCUCGUUAUCGAGAGAGAGCCAGUCGAGUUCAAAGCUGACCACCCAUUUAUUUUCCUGAUUACUCAUCAAGAUGUUAUUCUGUUUAUUGGUAGAAAAACCACUGGCGUGUAAUCGUUCAAGAUUACCUUUUUAAAAACCGUCCCCACGAGCUUCGAUAUAUUUGCAUUUACUUACUAAGACAUAAUUAGUAUUACCGUACAAAUCUAUGAACAUUUAUAUUCGUGCAAUUUUCAUUACCAAAUUAAAUUCUGGGCUGUGUUUUUGUAUACUUCCUUUCCUAACACUCAACUUGUGGCAUGAAAUUAUUGUAUUUUUGACUCGAAUUACCAUAGAUAUAUUGUAUUUUUGUAUACUUCAUUGCAAUUGAUAGCUAUAAGCUUUUUUAACUUUUUACCUGCAUUGCUUUCAGUUUUUAACGAUAGUUGUUAUCCUAAUUAUUUUGUUAUAUUUUAUUACCUACUGUUAUGCUAAUUUAUUUUGUUGGUUUACGUUUGCAAAUGAAUAUAAAAUAAGCGCAUU